GACGGCCCAGAUGCGAUGGCAAGGCAUCCGCGCCCACGUAGGUCCGGAAAUGUGAACCAUUGCCUGCUCUCCCCCCUCCCGUCCCGUCGGACCAAUCGAAUCGAUCAUCAUCGGAGCAUUGGAAGGCAGAAGUUUAAGAAGACGACGACGCAGCAGCAGCAACACCAACACCAGAAGAAGGAGAAGCUCCAGUCGGAGGAAGAGAUGGGCGGAGGCAAGAGGAGGUCCAAGCCCGGAAACAGUAACGGGGACAACAGCGGCGGCGGCAAACCUAGGAACAGAGACAACAGAAGAAGAGGAGGUUCAUCGUCGCCAGUCAACAUUACAUCCGGCCUAUUCGUGGAAGGCGGCUUGCUGUCUGAUUGGCAGCUCGGGACUUCUUCUCCAGCUCUUCCCCGAGGGAGGAAGAGGAACCCCAAAUUGAAUGUGCUAAACUCUGGAAGUUCCAAGCGAAGCCAAGGGUCUGGAUCUGGCUCUAGGAGCAUACUUAUUAAGUCUAAUGGCAAUGCUUUUGGGUACACUUAUCCAGCUCUCGAUGUUCAGGGGGUAGGCAAUCCAGAAUCAUCUGCUAAAGUUGAUAAUGGAGAAGCCGGAAUGGAUAAAUCGGAACCCAUCAUUUUGUUCAGUUCCAAGGAGACCCAAAUUGUCGCCUAUGUGGAUGAAAAGCCAUCAAUAGACAUUCCAAACUCGAAUAUUACUUAUGAUUAUAAUUCAGAUUUUGUGUUGGGUGAGGUCUCACAUCGAGGACUAGGGUUUGGUGGUGAAUACGAGGCAAUGCCAAUUGGUGUUGUGGGAUCCUCAAUGCAGAUGGAAGAUCAGGAAGAAGAGUCAAAUGGUGAGCCAUCAUCCCCUGAGAAUGAAAUUGAUGAGAUGACUGAAGAAUUGAUGUUCGAGAAGUCUUCUGUGAAGAAAAACUCUGGAUUUUUAUCGAUUGGGGGUAUGAAAUUGUAUACUAAAGACGUUUCUGAUGAGGACAGUGAUGAGAGUCAAGGUGAAUUGAGUGCGGAGUCUGAGUCAGGGGAAUCAGAUGAUUUGUCUGAAAGUGAUUGUUCCGAGGACCUCUCUGAAAGCAGUUCAAAUAUAGAUGAAGAUGUUGUAGAAGAUUAUUUGGAAGGAAUUGGUGGCAGAGAUGCUCUUAUGGAUGCAAAAUGGUUGGUGGAUAAGGGGAUAGAAGAUGAGUCAGAGUCGGUUGAUUCUUCUAGCAGCAGUCUUGAAGGGACUUUGGAAAAAUUGGGUGGAAUCACUCUACAAGAUGCCUCUAGGGAUUAUGGUAUGAAGAAACCUACUCAUUCGAAGCCAAAAAUCCAUAGGUCGGGUAGAGAUUCAUGGACUCCAGCUGUAGACAACAAUCUCAUGCUUUAUAAAGACAUUAGGAGCGCUUCUGGGAAGAAAAACGGAGGUGUUCGGUUUCCACAGUCUUGGCCUUUGGAGGCUCAGAAGAGUAAAAGAUCGAGAAGCUUUCCUGGGGAAAAGAAGAAACAUCGUAAGGAAUUGAUUGCUGCUAAACGGCGUGAUAGAAUGUUAAGCAGGGGAGUUGAUCUUGAGCAGAUAAAUAUGAAACUUGAGCAAAUUGUUUUGGAUGGAAUUGAUAUGUACUCUUUCCAACCAAUGCAUUCUCGGGAUUGUUCUCAGGUUCGGCGAUUGGCAGCAAUCUAUCAGCUGCAAAGUGGAUGCCAAGGAUCUGGGAAGAAAAGAUUUGUUACUGUUACUCAAACACAGCGAACGAGCAUGCCAUCUUCAAGUGAUAAAUUGCGCCUUGAAAAGCUGAUUGGUUCUUUCAAGGAUGAAGCAGACCUUCCUGUGGUUGAUGUCCCAAUCAUAAAGUCAGGCAACCGAGGAAACAAAACUCCAAAAGCUCGUAACUCCCUGAAGGACUCUGCCAACCGUUCGAGCAAGCACAGUGAAACAAGCAAGGGCCAGAGAAGGAAGGAACUGCCGUUAUCUAGUCAGCCUGUGUCCUUCGUAUCAAGCGGGAUAAUGGAAUCAGAAACAAUCGAAGAUGGGAUUUUCGAGGCAGAAGAUGUAAACGAGAUCAGCAGUGAAACUAAGGGUAAGGUUGGGACCUUUGAGGAGCACACUAGGGGAUUCGGGUCAAGAAUGAUGGCAAGGAUGGGCUUCAUUGAGGGCAGAGGACUGGGGAAAGAUGGGAAGGGAAUGGCGGAGCCCAUUGAGGUGGUCAAGCGGCCGAAGUCGCUUGGGCUGGGCAUGAGCUUCUCUGAAUCAGGAGAGGAAUCCGAGAGGAAGAGCGAGCCUUCCUCUCAGAAUCAGAGAAGUAGCAGAUCCUCUUCUGGGAAGAAGGUUCCAAGCAACAACAGAGCUCAGGGAAUUGGGGGUUUCGAGAGGCACACGAAGGGGUUCGGAUCGAAGAUGAUGGAGAGGAUGGGUUUCGUGGAAGGGAUGGGAUUGGGAAAGAACGCGCAAGGGAUAGUGAGUCCUUUGGUCGCUGUUAGGCUCCCUAAGUCUCGAGGAUUAGGAGCAACUGGUUAAAAGUGCGGAUAUGAUUGUAACUUCUGCUUCCUGUUUGGUGCUGACGCGACGCUAAUUUCACCAUGAAAGAAGAUUUAAAGUUAGAUGAAAGUGAAUCGUACAUCUCGUUGAUGUGGUAAUUUAAUUAUCUUAGUUUAGUUGCUGGAUGGUUGGCGUUUAAUCAGUUUGGCACUUGGCAGGUAUUAGUAA